CACAGGCGACCUGUCACGAGUGGCCGGCCCGCCCACCGCGCCGCGCCCGACGGACCCGGCGAGCGAGGCGGCAGCUCUCCGGAGUGGCUCUCGGGCCUCCUCGUCGCCAUGGCGCUCGGCAGCGCUUGGUGGGGCCGAGCUGUGGCGCGGGCCAGGAGAGCCGGCGGGCUACUGAGGGGAGAGGCGUGCCCCUGGGUACGGAGGGCGGCGAGGGCCAACUCCGGCCGCGGCCCGGGACUCCCGCCCGCCUCGGAGCUGGACAAGGCGGACGCCUGGUUGCUUCGGAAAAGUCACGAGACCGCGUUCCUAUCCUGGUUUCGGAACGGGCUGCUUGCCACAGGCAUCGGCGUGAUUUCCUACGUGCAGGGAGACACGGGGCGGGAAGCAGCCUACGGUUUCUUCAUCCUUGGGGGGAUCUGCGUCUCGUACGGCAGCGCCUCCUAUUUUGCCAGCCUCUUCCUCCUCCGUCGCACCAUGAUGCUGUCCUACUCUGCAGCUCUUCUGAACUCUGCCGCAGUCGUCACAGUGGCGCUCUUCUGGCUGUGUGCCAUCUCUCUGUACAUCGGCCGGUUAGAGGUAGAAAUCAUCCAAGAUGAUGCCAAUGAUAAGAGAAAGGAGGACGGGAAGUCGGAAAAAUGAAGGUCAAAGCGACCCUUCUGGACACGACGAUGCUCUGAGGAAUGAUUCUGAAGGCCAACGCCUGGGAGACGGGCUGGAUGGCCCCACGGCAGGCAGGCAGGCAGGCAGGCAGGCGGCUGAUUGGCUCGCUCUCCUGCAAAUGAGAGACGGGGGGAGGUGUUGGCUGUUUUCUAUUUAUUUCAGGUUUUCUGGAUGGGCUCUGGGCAGCAGCAGUAAAUCAGUUCACUGGAAGGGCAAAGGAGGAGGAGUUUAAAGGGCCCUCUUCUGGGUGAAGGAGCUCUCCAGAAGCAGGCAUUCUUGCUACCCAGGGAUCUCCAGUGCUUUUCACGAGUGAGCCUGCUUUGCAACAUGCCUCCCCUACUGCUUCAACCAAGUUUCCUUGUUUCGAAGCCACAUGCAGCAAAAAGGUAUCCGAGCAAAAGCCAGUUCUGUUAGCGUCUUCUGCAUAGCUUGCCUUGGCUGUUCCACCCUCGCUUAUGCUCCAGACGUUCCCCCGUUGGAUGCGCAUCGCUUCGGUUGCUGGACCAGCUGCUGUUCUGGUCAGUGGACAUUUAUAUUAAAGACGCCAAAAGCAA